AUGGAGAUGCACCGUUCGUCCGAAUAUUUCUCUAUUAUACUUUGGUUUCUUAUUUUAAUACUUCACUUGGGUAAAGGGAAGAUAUUAAUCUCAGGAACCAGAGAAUGGGGAACGUUGUGCAAGCUGAAUAAAACUGAAUUUCAACCAGAAAUAAUAAAUCCUCAAAACACUUUGUCAUCGCUUUUUCCUGCUUUACGAAACCUGAACAAAAUACCAAGUAAGCCUCCCCUUGAACCAUGUUGUUUUCCACGAAAUUGGGAAGCUUCUUUCAUCGUUCAUACAAGACGAAUUGGAAGAGCACCGAAAAGCAAUCGUUGCAUCUACCGCAUACGUCGUAACCCACUCAAUUCCUCCGAAUUUGAAGCCCUAAUGAUUAUUGGUCAGAAUGUAUACUCCAAUAGUAUUUGCCACGACUGGAAAGGACCGAGUAUUCAAACAUGUCCAAGAGAUGAAAAGAUUUGUCUCCAAGUUCCAUUUGUUGGGGAACCACGGUGUAUUUCGGAAGAAAAUGGAUUUAACUACAUACCUACGAACGAAAGUCCACAGAAAGAGAUGUGGUUUACGGACUCUAGAAUUCCAUCAGGAGGUAUUAAUAGGCAUGUCUACAUCUUCUCAAGAAAGUAUAAGAUCUGUAAAUUGGAGCAAUAUGAAGUUCUUACCGGACAGUAUGUAGAUUCACGAGCCAACUGUCGCAUAAUGUUCCUGAUGGAUGAGGUAUUCAUUCCAACCAACGGGAGCUUUAUUGUCAAUUUUAACUAUAGUAUUACAGAUGGUUUAUUUCGUUGUUAG